AUGGAAGCUAGAUCAAGGGAAGAGACUUUAAGGAUGGAGGCUAGAACCAAGCAAUUGGUAGAGGCUGAGAGGGAACAUUUACUGAGUCAGCUUUCCCAACUCAUCCCCAAUUUUGAUCCAAGCAUGCUUAAACCGAAAACUAGCCCCUGUCAAAACCAAGGUCUAGAGCAAAGUCCAAAAAAUCCAAUGUCUGACAAAGCAAGCUGCUCUGGGAUGUGCUUAUAUGAUCAUUUGAAAGUAGCAAAUAUGUUCAACAUGGUUGGCUUUAUCGACCCUGCUCAAGUUAGUGCCAACGCUGGCCGUCAUUGGGUCUUGCUGAUUGUGAGAGCAAAGAAGGGAACCGUCUAUGUUCUGGAUCCUCUGCCCGGAAAUUGUGUGGUUAAUGAGGAGGCCAAAACAUGGCACACCAAAGCAACCCAGCAAUGUCGAAUGCAGUUUGCCAAGGGAAAAGGGCAAGCGCCAUACCCCCAAGCAGCCAUUGAUGAAGUCAGAAAUGAAUGGGCAGAGUUUGUUUGCCUUCAUGUGGACUAG